AUGAAUAUCUCUUAUGAUGAAAAUGAAGGACAGAUGACUGAUGAUGAAGAUGAAGAGGAAUGUGAUAAAAGUUAUGAAGAGGCCUUAGACCAAACACAUGUUGUCCACGAAAUCAGAAAUUACCCUCAGUUUCAGCUGCUUGCUCUUCAGGGACUGAAUCCAAAUCGGCACACAUCUGCCGUGCGAGAAAGUCAUGAGCGAUGGCCGCAGGAAGACAAGAUAGAAAAGGAAGAAGGGGAAGAGUCAGAUACUGAUGAGAAGUGCACAAUCUGUCUCUCAAUGCUUGAAGACGGCGAGGAUGUGAGGCGAUUGCCGUGUAUGCAUCUCUUCCACCAAGUGUGUGUCGACCAGUGGCUGGCAAACAGUAAGAAAUGCCCCAUCUGCCGAGUGGACAUUGAAACACAGCUCGGGUCGGACAGCUGAAAUGAACCGCCAGGCGGGGUGGGGGCAUGUGAAGCUGCCCCCCCCCCUCCGCUCUCUUUUCGUGAUCCUUACGGGGCCGUUGGGCCCUUUGACGCAAAAUGUUUUGCCUUCUGAGCCAUUUG